UUUCCACCAUGUCGGAACCCAUCACGCUCAACGUUGGAGGAAAACUCUAUACGACUUCCCUGUCCACCCUGACCAGCUUUCCAGACUCCAUGCUGGGGGCCAUGUUCAGUGGGAAGAUGCCAACCAAGAAGGACAGCCAAGGCAACUGCUUUAUCGACAGGGACGGCAAGAUCUUCCGCUAUAUCCUGAACUUCUUAAGAACUUCCCACCUGGACCUCCCCGAAGACUUUCAGGAGAUGGGUUUACUCCGACGGGAGGUUGAUUUUUAUCAAAUUCAACCACUGAUUGAGGCCUUGCAGGAGAAGGAGGUGGAGCUUUCUAAAGCUGAGAAGAAUGCCAUGCUCAACAUCACCCUUGACCAGAAGACGCAGACUGUCCACUUCACUGUUCGAGAAGCACCCCAGAUCUACAGCCUGUCUUCCUCCAAUAUGGAAGUGUUCAGUGCUCAUAUCUUCUCCACGUCGUGUCUCUUCCUGAAGCUCCUAGGUUCCAAACUUUACUACUGCUUCAAUGGAAACCUCUCUUCAAUAUCCAGCUACCUACAAGAUCCCAACCAUUUGACCCUAGAUUGGGUUGCAAGUGUGGAAGGCCUCCCAGAAGAGGAGUACACAAGGCAGAAUUUGAAGAGACUCUGGGUGGUGCCUGAUAACAAACAAAUCAAUAGUUUCCAGGUGUUUGUGGAAGAAGUACUAAAAAUAGCCAUGGGGGAUGGUUUCUGCAUAGAUUCUUCUCACCCACAUACAUCAGAUUUCAUGAAAAAUAAGAUUAUUCGCCUAAUUCGGUACAAGUAAUAGCAUCUGUUUAUUAGGGUAACAGCAUGGAGAUAACUUAGGUUAAGUGUUUCCCUUUAAAACACAGUUACAGCCUAAUUCAGAAUCAUGCUAAUCUGGAUUAAGAGUCACUAACAGGGCGAUGAUUUUCCUUUAAUGUGUUUACCAAUAUGAUCUUUCAGAAUAUGUCCAUAUUCUAAACAGAAGGAAUAUUGUCCAGUUCCUGGAUUAAGGAUUGAUCCUGUGUCUGCCUCCACCUCUGACCU